UGUACGUGCCCAUUCCCCAAUAGCUGGGUUUCAUGUGACGUCAUCACCAGCGUGCGCAAAUUCGUUGGAGGGCAGGAAGUGAAGUGGAAUACAGCAAUUUAGCAAUCGCAACGGUAAAAAUGCCUAUGUUUUGUGUUGUUUAUGGUUGCUCCAAUCGCUCUAACCGAGAAAAAAAUAAAAGAUUUUUUAGAGUACCGAAGGUUGUCGUUCACAGAGGCGACAAGUAUAAAAAGCUUACAGAACAACGUCGGAAAAAAUGGAUUUUAAACCUACGCCUGCGGUCAGGAGGAGCAGAGUCUGACAAUGCCCGCGUCUGCGGUGACCACUUCCUCCAAGCUCCUUAGAUGAGGUUGAGUCGGAAGACUGGGCUCCAACGGUCAACCUCUGUUACCAGAAGUCUAAGCCCAAGUCAGAAGCCUCUCUUCAACGGGAUCAGAGGAUGAAGCUAAAGGAAGACAAACAAAAACGGUAUGAUUGUGCAGAAACUCUGUUGGAUCUUCAGAUACCAGACAAGCAGAGAGUUGAGAGCUCUGAACCAACGCUGACACCUGACCACCCACAGUCCGAGCGCAUCGGUGUGAUUGAGACGUUUAAUGAUGGAGGCUACGCAGAUGCCGGGACCCAGACAGAGCUUACGAUGAAGGACAUUGAGAAGAUGGAGGACGUUCUGAGACAGAACACAACAGAGCUGGCAGAUCUUCACUCCAAAAAACUGGACACAAAUUUUUGUCAGAACUCAUUUGAAAAAAAAAAUGAGGACAAGACUAAAUUCUACAAGGGACUCCCCAACUUUUUAGUUUUAUUGCAGAUUUUUGAGCUGUGUGAGCCCUACAUCACCUAUGGCCCCAUGUCUGUGCUGUCUAAAUUUGAACAGUUUAUGUUAGUUUUAAUUAGGUUGAGACUAAAUCUCCCACUGAAAGAUUUAGCUUUCAGAUUCAAGAUUUCUCUGUCCAGUGCUUCCAGAAUUUGGCAUAAAUUAAUUGACAUACUUUAUGAAAUACUAGAAUUUCAAAUUGAGUGGUCAGAGCGACAUGUACUUCAUGCAACAAUGCCAAUGUCAUUCAGAGAGGCAUUUGGAAAUAAAGUUGCUGUGAUAGUUGAUUGUUUUGAAGUUUUCAUUGAGAGGCCCUCUAAUUUAUUAGCCCAAGCACAAACUCGGUCAAAUUAUAAGCACUAUCAUACUGUAAAAUUUCUAAUUGGAGUUGCGCCCCAAGGCUAUGUUACAUAUAUAUCUUGUGCCUGGGCAGGGAGAGUCAGCGAUAAGCAGAUUACAUUAGAGAGUGGCCUCUUAAAAAACUUGUUGCCUGGAGACAUUAUAUUAGCAGACCAAUUUUACCGCAAAGACUACAACUCCCAUGAUGCUUUGCGGCGCCAGCGCGGAGCAGAUGCGCCCCCUCCUUUGUGUUUUUUCAGCGCCGAGGCAGUCAGAGGUAGUUGGGUGUCUGCAGCUCCGCUGUCUCGGACAAACUACACUCCUCUCAGCGCCGAGUUCACUCAGCUGUUUUCUGACGUUGAAGCCCAGAAACGGAGAUUCUAACCGCUCAGUAAUGUGUUCACGACUGAAAGAGAAAGUUUUCAAACUAACGUCCAGACAGAGCUGAUAUAACUUCAGCAAGCAGCGACACGCUCAAACCAGCACGACUCUGUGGCUGCUGUCGUGUUUCCUCCCUGACACAACAACGUGGUCAAGCUGCUCAGACAUGUUCAUCAGCACAAACCUAUGUGAGCACCUGUUGUCAUCUAAUGUUGUCAUUAUUAUGAUGAAGAUAAACAAAACAAUAGGAGCCUCCUCCUCAGCUCAGAUCAGCCCCAUGAUGCAGGUAUCUGGCUGGAACAGGUGAGCAUCACAGUAAACCAGUGGAGCAAACUGAGCUUUAAAUAUGUUGGAUUUAUGCUCUUUUUCUGCUCCAAAACAUGAAAGUUAACAGGUGAGAUGUUGCAUUUUCAUUUAAGAUAAAAUGAUAUUUUUAUUUUGUUGUUGUUCCGUGAGAAAAGAUUUAACCUACAGUAAACAGGAAGUGGAAAGGCUGCAGAUAGAUGAAUAGAAUAGAAAAUCCCUUUAUUGUUCCUCAGUGGGGAAAGCUAGAUGUCACAGCAGCGAUGACACUUAUUACAGGAGAAAAAAAGGAGAAUAAAAAUAAGAAAAAUGAAUAAACAAGAAAACAUAAAUCCUGAAUAAAGCCAGGGGUGCAGACUCUCCCACCAGAUCCACGGUGCAAUUCAACCUGACAACGGUUAUCUUUAUUUUCAUUUACAUGAACGAUCAUGAGGAAUCAUCUGGACAAAUGUGAAAGAAAAAGAUCUGUAGAGAAGGAAAAUGGAAAGUGUAGGAGAAAACGAGGAUGUACUUCUUUAGUAAAUGUUCACUGAUGAGUUUUCGUGUUUGGGAAAUUACAAGUGAGGUCAAUCACAAGUUGUGUUUUCAUAAAAUAGUGUUUCCAUCUGAAAAUAAGUCAGGGUUUUAUUUUAACUUUAUUUCUCAGUGUUGCAGCUGGAUGCUCUUCUGCGCACCUCUAACAGGUUACCAGACA